UCUACGCAAAUAUCCUCAACCAUAUCCUAAAUCAGAAAAUUCUUUUCUAAAAAAAUAUAGUUGCAAAUAAAAAAAAAAAAACCUUUAACUUCAACCACACUCUCAUAUCAUAUCUCCACACUCUCCACACUCAACUCCACCCAUGGCUUCCUCAAUGGCAUUCAAACCCUUCACUGGUCUUCGCCAAUCAACACCUGCCACGUCACCUGAAACUCCUACCUUUUUUAAAACUAUCAAAAUAUCCCCCAUAAUCAAGGCUGGCCUCACCAGUCCUAAGGUGGCAGGCCGGAACCUCCGGGUGGCCGUGAUCGGGGGUGGACCUGCAGGAGGGUGUGCCGCUGAGACACUAGCCAAGGGAGGUAUUGAAACGUUCCUUUUUGAACGGAAGCUUGACAAUUGCAAACCAUGUGGUGGGGCAAUCCCACUCUGUAUGGUAGGAGAGUUUGACCUACCAGUAGACAUAAUUGAUCGGAAAGUUACCAAGAUGAAGAUGAUUUCCCCAUCAAAUGUAGCGGUUGACAUUGGCCGGACCCUCAAGCCACACGAGUACAUUGGUAUGGUUCGAAGGGAAGUUCUUGACCAGUACCUUCGUGAGAGGGCUGCUGGGUCUGGAGCAACUGUAAUUAACGGAUUAUUCUUGAAGAUGGACAUUCCGAAAUCACCAAGCGCUCCUUAUCAGCUCCAUUAUACUGCUUAUGAUGGUAAGACAGGUGCAGCUGGUGAGAAGCGGACACUAGAGGUGGAUGCUGUGAUUGGUGCCGAUGGGGCAAAUUCAAGGGUUGCUAAGUCAAUUUCCGCUGGGGACUAUGAGUAUGCCAUUGCCUUUCAGGAACGUAUUAAGAUACCAGACUCAAAGAUGACCUAUUACGAGGACCUGGCAGAAAUGUAUGUAGGGGACGAUGUCUCACCCGAUUUCUAUGGUUGGGUAUUCCCCAAAUGUGACCACGUAGCUGUUGGAACAGGGACUGUAACUCACAAGUCGGAUAUCAAGAAGUUCCAAUUAGCAACCCGGAUACGAGCAAUGGACAAGAUCGAGGGGGGAAAAAUCAUCCGGGUGGAAGCUCACCCAAUUCCUGAACACCCCCGGCCAAAACGGGUUCAAGGGCGCGUAGCAUUGGUGGGGGAUGCUGCAGGGUACGUGACAAAAUGCUCAGGUGAGGGGAUAUACUUUGCUGCCAAGAGUGGAAGGAUGUGUGCGGAGGCAAUUGUGGAGGGUUCAGAGAAUGGAAAGAGGAUGGUGAACGAAGCGGACUUAAGGAAGUACUUGCAGAAAUGGGACAAGAAGUACUGGCCUACUUACAAGGUGUUGGAUGUGCUACAGAAGGUAUUUUACAGGUCAGACCCUGCACGGGAGGCGUUUGUUGAGAUGUGUGCAGAUGAGUAUGUGCAGAAGAUGACUUUUGAUAGUUAUUUGUACAAGACUGUUGUACCCGGGAAUCCAUUGGAUGAUCUGAAGCUUGCUGUGAGGACGGUUGGGAGUUUGGUGCGGGCAUACGGGUUGAAAAGAGAGAUGGAGAAGAUUGAUGCCUGAAAGACAUAAUUUGUUUCAGGAUGCCAAUUGCACGUCUGGUUAUUUGGUCAGAGGUGUUUUAAGAACAUGUAAUGUCAUGUAAUGUAAGUAGAGCAAUGUGGGUUAACAGGACAUUUGAGGCUUCAAUUUGUUAUAGUUUAUGUAUAUCAUGCAUUUUCAACCUUCUAGAUGGCUUUACAUGAACUGAAAACUAUCAGGGCCAUUGACUGAACAUAUUGUGAAACUGGUUGUUCAGCAGAAGAUCUAUGAGAAAUUGAGAAGAAAAGCUUGAUAAAGCUUUGCAUA